GUGAAAUUAAUUUGUCCGUUAUUAUUUCUGCUUGUCUUUCUAUCGUUAUUGUUGUCAACAAAGUUUUGACACGAACACUUAUCACAUUGGAAAUAAAGAUGUCGAUUCUUAAGAACAUAGUUCCAAGUGUCUUCACAGUACCAACAUCUUCAUUGUCAUUUUCAUGCUAUUAUUGUCUGCUACUAUUAUUGGGUAUGGCAUUGAUUUUUCAACAGACAAUAAUUAUCGAUGCGGAAAAACAAAUUGACACUGCCAUUAAUGUUACUGGUGAAACGAAUUAUGAUUCCAAUUAUACUACUAAUAAUAAUAAUAAUAAUUCCCUAACAUUGUCGAAAUCAUCAUUAAAUGACAAAGAAAAACAACAGCAGCUGCAUCCAGAAGAUAAAAAAUCUGAAUCAAAUAUGGAAUUGGUCGAUCGUGAAUUAUUGUUAGUGAAAAAUGUUGAUCAUUCUUUUCCCUCCUCUCACUUUCGCAUGACACCUGCUACUUCUUCUUCUCUUUCUCCUCCUCGAAUAUCUAGAAUCAAAUCCUUUUCCAAACGUCCUACCCAUCAUAAUAAUCUUAAUUCUCGAAGGAAUCGUGAUCGAUUGAAACCCUAUCCAUAUGCGUAUUCAUAUGGGCAUCAUCAUGUUCCUGAAUCACACACUGUUAAUAAUAUUCAGCCAUCUCGUUUCCACUAUUAUUAUCCUUAUUCACAUACAAAUGAAUAUAUUUCAUAUACAAAUGAUCCACAUAUUGUUCAUUAUUUUUCUCAUCCUCGUUUCAGACCUCAAAUUCGUAUAAUUGAACGGCCUUCAUUUAUUGAAAGACGUUCAGAUGCUAGGGGCAAACUAGUAUCACAAAUUGUAAAUCGAGCCAGUCAAGCGUUCCAAAAUUUGAUCGAACAUCGCCGUAAUCGUUCAAGACCUCGAUUAACAAAAUUUAUGAGUGAACGACGGUCAAGUGCAGGACGAUUGUUUCCUAGAGUUCGUGAACGUUUUGUUCAUCGUAUUGAAAGUAGAAAACCUAAACCACCGGAACCAAUCGUAGAUAAUGAACAACAGCAAGAUAUUCAAUUUGCUGAAUCACGCAUCGAUGGUAAUGAAACGGCUAUUGGAGCCAUCAAUAAUCAACUUCCACCACCACCACCACCGUCACAGGAAUUAAAUGAUGAGAGACAAUUUUAUAAGCAACCCAAUCUCAAUUAUGAACUUGAAGGUCAAAAAUUACGACAAGAUAUUGUGGAUAAAGUUGGACAUCUUCAAACAAUUCUAGAGACAGCCUUCCAAGUUUCACGUGAACGACGUGAUCUAUUCCUUAGCCGUUUAUUGCGUAAUACAAAUAAUCGUUUGGAACGAGCAAAAAAUCGUGCUGAUCAAAUCUUAAGCGAGCCAGCAACAUCAGAAUUAGCUGUCAAAACACUUCAUCAUAUUAACAAUGGCAUCAACAAUAUGAAUUUAUUUUUGCACAACUUGUUGAACAGGAUUAAUGUAUCGAUCAAUGUACAGAUGAAAAACCCUGAAACAGAAUCAUCAAUGCCGAAUAUCAAUAAUAAUAAUAAUAAUAAUAAUAAUAAUAAUAGCAGCAUUAAUAAUGGAACGACUAGUCAAACAAAAAAUAACGACAAAGAUCAGCAAUCAUAAGCAAAUGAAUAAUUUUUGUGAGCG